AUGGCCUCCAAUACUUUAUCUCCUAGUCCAGAACUUCCAGAACUAUUUCUCGCUCUCAAGAGAACGGAGAGCACAUUCGAAGAAAUCCCUGUGAUUGACCUCGCGAAUGCGUGUAGCAAGGACACGGUCGCGCGUCGGAAGCUCGCAGAUCUUAUACGGGAUGCUUGUAUAAACGUUGGCUUCUUCUACAUAAAAUCGCACGGCAUAUCCGAGGAUCUUAUUGAAAAGACCGUGGAUGUAGCCAAGACGUACUUUGCCCUUCCUGAAGAAACCAAGAUGGAGCUCGACAUCCACAAGACACCCAACUUCAAAGGGUAUACUGCUCUUUUUGGCGAGAAUACUGAUUCAAAUGGGCUCGGAGACCUUCACGAAGGAUUUGAUUUAGGGUGGGAACCCGCAAUUGAUUCUACUCAGGUCGAUACAUCAGCUGAGGCGCCACGGAACGAUGGUGCAAUGAGUGGGGAGAAUGUAUGGCCAACAGGCCUUCCUGGAUUUAAAGAAACGGUUCUUGAUUAUUAUCAGAGAGUGCUUCAAGUCGGACAGUUGCUUUUUCCGCUGUUUGCUCUUGCGCUGGACCUUCCUGAGAAUUAUUUCGACGACAAAACAACCAAACCCGCUGCGAUCAUGCGACUUCUCCAUUACCCACCACAGAAUCCGACCAGCUUCGAGACAGAUCCGGAUGGCCGACAGAUAGGAAUUGGUGCACAUACGGACUAUGAAUGCUUUACGAUAUUGUGGCAAGAUCGCUCUGGUGGCUUGCAGGUACAGAACACUGCUGGCAAAUGGGUCGACGCUGUGCCUAUCCCUGGCACCUUAGUCGUCAACCUCGGAGACCAAUUUGCUCGCUGGACAAACGACAUAUUCAAGUCGACACUGCACCGUGUAAUCAACCGCUCAGGCACUGAACGAUACUCAAUUCCCCUUUUCUUUGGGACGGAUUACGACGUCCGUCUGGAGCCCAUUCCCACUUGCGUUACACCUGGAUCGCCUUAUAAGUACGAGAUCAUGACGGCCGGGGAAUAUGUCAAAUCGAGGCUUGAAGCUACUUACGCUCAUUCUGCGCCUGUAGCGAGUGCUGCAUGA